AUGGCAGAAAGAGCGAUACUAGGGUUUCUGCAGAACAAUGAGCAGAUCCCGGAUACAGGUCAAUUUUCUGCGGAGCACAACCUUGACCACGAUCAAGUUAAGAGUGUCAUCAGAAGCCUACAGGGUUUUCGUUACAUCGAUGCUCAGGACAUUACUAGGAAGACAUGGGUUUUGACUGAAGAGGGAAAAAGAUAUGCCGCACAAGGAUCACCAGAGGUACAACUUUUCUUAGCUGUGCCAGAAGAAGGCAGCAUAUCAGUGGUUGAGCUCAAGAAAAAGCUAGGUGAAUCCAUCGACAGUUUUGCCUGGAAAUAUGCUAAAGAAAACAAGUGGGUGGANAUNGAAAAAAAGCAAGUCUCAAGGAAGGUUCAACAUGUAGAUGAUGUAGUGCAAGCUCUGCUUUUACAGAUACAAGAAGGGAAGGAAAUUGACGAGGACGGUAUCGUUUUUCUCAAAGGCAGAAAAAAUCUCAUAGAACUAGUGAAAUGGAAUGGGUAUUCUUUCAUAAAGAAAGGUCCUAAGUAUGCUCCAGAGAGAAAGAAGGUGUCCACCGAUUUGACUCGUGAAAGUCUACUAAACUGGAAAGAGUUAGAGUUUAAGGAGUAUAACUUCAAUGCUAAAGGAGCACCUGUUGAGGCUGGUCAUCUUCACCCUCUUCUCAAGGUGCGGAAGCAGUUGAAAGACGUAUUUGUUCAGAUGGGGUUUGAGGAGAUGCCAACAAAUAAUUUUGUGGAGAGCAGCUUCUGGAAUUUUGAUGCAUUGUUCCAGCCGCAGCAGCACCCUGCUCGUGAUUCUCACGACACCUUCUUUCUAAAAGCUCCUUGUACGACAAGGACACUUCCAGAAGAUUAUGUUGAGAGGGUGAAACGUGUUCAUGAGUCUGGUGGAUAUGGAUCAANAGGGUAUAAUUGUGAUUGGAAGAGAGAAGAAGCAAACAAGAAUCUUCUCCGAACUCACACAACAGCUGUCUCUUCUAGGAUGCUUUAUGCACUAGCACAGAAACCUUUUUUCCCCAAGAAGUAUUUUUCGAUUGAUCGUGUGUUCAGAAACGAGGCUGUUGAUCGGACCCAUCUGGCAGAGUUCCAUCAAAUGGAAGGUUUGAUAUGUGACCGGGGACUUACAUUGGGAGACCUGAUUGGUGUAUUAAAGGACUUCUUCUCACGCUUAGGUAUGUCAAAGCUGCGGUUCAAGCCUGCUUACAACCCUUCCUUACACAGAACCAAGCAUGGAGAUCUUCGGUGGGUGGAAAUUGGAAACUCUGGAAUGUUCAGACCCGAAAUGCUUCUACCGAUGGGUCUCCCUGAGGAUGUCCAAGUCAUAGCUUGGGGUCUUGGUCUUGAAAGACCAACAAUGAUAUUAUAUGGUAUCGACAGCAUCCGAGAUUUGUUUGGACACAAGGUGGAUCUCGGUCUCAUUAAACGGAAUCCGAUCUGCCGAAUUGGAAUCUCAUCGUCUUGUUGA